GUGAUAGCCCUCUGAACGCUACAUUUCACCUCCUUUGCUUUCUCCCAUUCAACACUCUUCCUCUCAACAUUGACACCACCACCACCACCACCCCCCACGACCAACAUUUCCUUUCUUUUUCUUCCUCCUCUUCUUCUUCUUCUUCUUCUUCGAGUGCCAUCAUGAAAUCCAUUAUCCACAGCUUUCAGAAGGGAAGCUAUAUACCCGCCAUGCCCACAACCCAAGCAGCACUCCCCGUCUCGCAAGCCGAUGACUCCAAAGAACAAGGCCUACGCAGAAGGCUCUCCUCUCUCUCCCUCAAGAUCCAGCCCAUGGCUUCCCCUGCAGCUUCAUGGGCACUCCGCAGGUCCAAGUCUGUGUCAUCCAUGGGAGAAUACGCCGGCGGCUCCAUAAGGAAAUGGUGGGACUGGGGUUGGUCUUGGAUUCUCUCCAGAAAACCCAUUUUCGCUACAGAUCUGGAAAUGAACGAGGAAGAAACCAAGAUGCUCGGUUCCCAAUACAGAGGAAGCUGGAGACAUGUUUUCUACAAGGUCAGGUCUGAGAUCAGAAAGCUCGUCGGCUCCGACCAUGUCGGCCUCCCUCAAACCUACAGGUAUGAUUCCUACAACUACUCCAAGAAUUUUGACGAUGGACUUAAUGCGAGAUCCCACGGCUGAGAAAAAAACAUCAUCAGUCAGCGUGAUAUAUGGCUCUGAUUCAAUAAGGUUCAAGAUCCAGAUCAAGACUAGAAUUUUGUAUCCCUUUUGUUCUACUUUACUUUUUCUUUUUUCUACUUCCUUUUGAUGUCAAUGUUCAUCCAUGAACAUUUUACUUGGCUGUAAUUAGACAGAUCAACGUUGUAUUACGUGGGAUUGUUCUGGAAGGCGGUUUAGAAGCACCGUCUCUGUUCUUUGGUAAAACUGCCCUGCAAAUUGCACCACCAUUGUUGUCCAUAUUAAAGCUUCAAGCCACGGAUUUGGGAAAUUGCAGGCAGGGGGGUUGAACGUAAUUACCAUCAUCACACAGCAUGUUGUUAGUAAAUAUGGUUGUUAUUUUUUUUAUUGGUUUGAUUAUUUCAUUGUACGA